AUGAGUUAAUCCUAAAAUUCACAAAUAUCUUUAUCUCCCCAGAAAAAAUAGCAUCAUUAUUUUCCAGCUAUUUCCAUAAAAACCACAGGAUCCCCUUAGAAAGGAUAAAUUGAACAUUCUAAUUACCUGUUUUCACAACACUUAUAGAAUAAAGUCAAUAACAGAAAGGUGAAAAGGACCAAAGAAUUAUAGUUAGAUAAGGCAUAUACGAUUAGAAAGUACCUUCAAGUUAGUUCUUUGGCCCACAGUGAUUCUUAGAUGUCCCAAUCCAAAAUUUCUAAGAAUAUUUCAAUAACUGAAUAGAAAGAUACGAGUUUAGAAUCAUAAUACUCCAUAUCUCCUUUGAAGCACGUAUCCAAAAUCGAAGACACUUUAAACAUAAUAAGACUCUUAGAUGUUAAUCAUACGUAACCAGAUAGUAGUAUGAAAUACUAAUCGUAAAGUUCCAUCCAUAAUUAAUGUAUUCUUGAGUUGGAUCAAGAACAAGAAGAGGGAGAUCAAAAGAAUUCUUUAAGAGUUCAGGAUUAAUUAAAAAUUUCUGCAAAUUUAUAAACUAAUUAUAAAGAAAUUUCAGAAAAUGUUUUAUCUAAAUCCCAGUCUCCAAAUAAAAGCAAUAUUAUCUUAAAAAUAAAUCAAUAAAAUAAAGAAUAUAAAAAGUAUGCAUCUCAAAUGAUAAGAAUGAUCAAAUAAACACAAUAGACCUUGAUAAAAGAUUUUGAUUUAGAACAAGUUAAUUUGGAAAGGGAUUACAAAUUGAAAAAGAUUCAAAGGUAGAGAGAAAGAAAAGAAGCAUUACAGAUAGCUUAGGAAGGAAUAAAGAAUAGACAACUAAGAUCAUUAAUGAUGGCAUUGAAAGGAUCAGAAGACAAAAUUCGAUCUGAUUGCCCACUAUUUUUAAAUUUGGGAAAGAAAUUCAAUAGUUUAUCAAGUAGUUAAACAGCAGUUCAGAGUAGAAAAUCAUCACAUUAGAAAAUUAGUUAACAAUUGCUUGUUGAUAAAUAAUUUGAUGACAGAAACUUUCGUAAACAUUCAACAAAGUCAGAAAUAUGUAGCUUAGAAACAUCUUUAGAAUUGCCACUAUAGAUAUAAAAGCUUAUAUGA